AUGCCCUUGGAAGCUGCAGGGUUUGGCUUUUUGUGGGCGUCCACGCUGUCCGGCAUCAUUUCCGGGGCUCUACGGGGGCAUCUGCAAGUGGUGAUUUGGCUGACGGGCGGUGGUGCUGCUCGCUUGCCAACAGCGGUCUCCCGGCCCUUUCGUAGGCCUCUUGGCUCGAGCUCGCCUGGUGGAUGCUGUCAUCCAUCAGGCUGGGGGAUCAGCAGUGCGAGCCAGUCUGUUGAUGAUGGAGGACAAACGCAAUGCUGCUCCCGUGAGACUGUAGAUCGCCUCGGCCGUCUGUCUGCUGAUGCUAUUCUUGCUGCUUCUUGGGAUCGGCGAAAGUGCACUGCCGGCAACCACUACGUUGGAGCCCGCCUGCAGCCGUGGUCUCAUGGCUUCCAUUGGACGCUGCAAAAACUGGCCGAAGAGGCCAUAUCCUUGCACGACGGUGUUAUCCUGCAGCAGCAUUACUCGUGCUGCGACGGCGGUCAACCUGAUGUUGAUGAGGAAGUACAAACCAAAUCAAUUCCUCGUUUUGCCUCGAGCUACGAGAAGCAGCAGACCAAUAUGGCUUAUACAUACGGCCAAGCACCGAGACGGCUUCACAUACAUAUAUACAGGGCCGCUUAG